AUGCCUUCCUCCACGACGGAUAUCACUCCUCCGCCAAUGCUCCAACCCCUCGCGACGCUCACGCCCGCCAGCUCGGCGCGCACGUGGAUGACGGCGCCGCACCCGUCGCUGCCGGUCGUCGCGACGGCGUCGUCGGACAAGACGGUGCGGGUGUACAGCCUGACGUCGUUCGCGCUGGCGUCGACGGUGGCGGGCGGGCACAAGCGGUCGGUGCGGGCGUGCGCGUGGAAGCCCAACAACGGAGCGGGAGAGAGCGUCCUGGCGACGGGCAGCUUCGACGCGAGCGCGGGCAUCUGGCGGAAGUGGGAGGGCGGCGGCAUGUCCGGGGUCGUGCGGGCCGAGGUGGAUGUCGCUGCCGGGGAGAACGAGGAGGAAGAGGACGAUGAGGACUGGAGGUUCAGCGUGAUCCUCGACGGCCACGAGAGCGAGAUCAAGAGCGUCGCGUGGUCAGCCAGCGGGCAGUUUCUGGCGACGUGCAGCAGGGACAAGAGCGUGUGGGUAUGGGAGGAGGUCGAGGACGACAAUUUCGAGACGAUUGCGGUGCUGCAGGAGCACGAGGCCGAUGUCAAGUGCGUCGUGUGGCACCCCUCGGAGGAUCUCCUGGCCAGCUCCAGCUAUGAUGAUACCGUUAGGUUGUAUCGCGAGGAUGUAGACGAUUGGACGGCCGUGGCGUGUCUCGUUGGUCAUGAGGCGACGGUUUGGUGCGUGGAUUUCGAGGCGGUGGAGGUCUCGGGGUUGCAGAUUGAAGAAGGAGAGCCGCAGGAGGAAGUGAAGGCUGAGAGAGCAAAGCUGUUGCAGGAGAGAGUUAUGUCUGGGAGCAGGCUGGCAUCUUGUUCGGACGACUUGACCGUUAGGGUGUGGAAGAAGGUGCCCAAGGACGGCGCCGGGCAGGAGGCGGGUAGGAAUGGGAUGCCGAGCAUUCUACGCACAAACAGCAUCGAGGAGGACUGGGUGCAGGAGGCUAUACUGCCCAAGAGGCAUGAUCGUGCCAUUUACUCGGUCAGCUGGAGUAAGCAGUCGGGCCUCAUCGCCAGCACGGGCAGCGAUGGGAAAAUCGUUGUGUACAAGGAGCAGUGGAGAAACAACACGGCGCCUGUUGAUGGCGACGAGCAGAAGGCUCAGUCCUUGACCGAAUGGGUUGUCAUCGCAGAGGCUGAAGGUGCACACGACGUCUUCGAGAUCAACCACGUUACAUGGGCGCCGCGGAGGGAUAAAGGAAGGAAGUCGGAGGAUGAAGAAGUCAUUAUCAGCACAGGUGACGAUGGAGAGGUCAAGCUUUGGACCCUGCCUUGA